AAGAAGUCAUGUCGAAAGCAUUUUAAAACAUUUUAAUAUAGAUCAUUAUUUGUACUUCAACUGUGCAGUGUGUUUGAUAUUUGAGGACAGAUAUACACAAACACACGCAUAUACACGUACACAUAUACACACACAAUCUUGAUAAUGUUCUCAAAAUGCGUCUUCUGUAGCAGCAUACAGCAUACACCCAGUUCAGGAUUCUGUGUUUUAUCUGUCUGUGUGUUACAUCUGCUCAAAUAUCUUCCAGAACAACUGGUUCUUCUCUGGUCCCAUGGUGACAUGGGGCUAGAUUACCGCCUGACCUCUGGCCACUGCAGGAUUGGAGAUCUGAGCACAGUACGUCUGUCCACGGGAGCACUCCCCCAGUGCUCUUAACUGGAGAGAUGUAGAGCGCAAGUGCUGCCCAGGCAGUCUGAAUGCAACACACUUCUGUGCAUCCUCCACCCUCUCUGAGUGUGAAGAAGGAAAGCGAGCAUACACAGUUACCAGAGAUCAGCCUGCUCCAGCGCUUGUGGUCUGGGUUGCCCCUGCACCAAGAGAGAAGAUUAGGUGAUGACCUCCACUGUGAUCUGCAACAGAAUCGCCCUGCAGGAGACCAACGGACACUGUGGGAGUCCCAUCAGAAGAGAUCUCCGGAGAAACUCCAUCCCACCAGCACAGACCCUCACAGCCAAACAUCUCCUAGCAUACCUCCCCAGACCACCCCGAGACACACCCCGGUACAGCCCAUAUCAAAGAAAGGUUGGAACUAAAACUGUCAUGGCAGUUGCUGUGCUCAAUGCAAGAAGAAUCUCUACUAUCUCCAGCAAGAGCAAUGGUGGAGAGACCCUGCCCCCUCCAACACACAGACUGACUUACCCUCAUCACCAGAGCUCUGAACUAGGUCCAAGCAACCAUGAGACAAGCCCUAAUCCAAACUGCCAGGACCAGGACCCAGGAGACCUGCCUAAACCCCAUCAUGGUGGACGUCACCUCAAGCGGCUAAGCUGCAGGUGGUACGCUGGUGCCCUUGGCGCCGACCACAGCACUAUGGCCAAAAAGAGCACCAUUCUCAGUGUCUCAGCUUCUCCACCCCGGGCCAACUCCAAGAGGCAGCGGUGCAAGCUUGUCGAUGAUGACCUGCAGGUGUACACCUCCACCAGCAAGCAGCGGCAACGCUACGUCACCAAGGAUGGAAAGUGUCGGGUCAACCUGGGCCACAUCGAAGACAAAAGCCGCUUCCUGUCUGACAUCUUCACCACCUUAGUGGACCUGAAGUACCGCUGGUUCCUGUUCGUCUUCACUAUGUGCUACAUUGUGACAUGGGUGGCUUUUGCUGAGAUCUACUUCCUGGACGCCUGGCUGCGGGACGAUGUGGCCCACGUGCACGACCCUGAGUGGCGCCCCUGCUUCGAGAACGUGGACAGCUUCCUGGCAGCCCUGCUUCUCUCCGUGGAGAGCCAGAGGACCAUUGGCUAUGGCUCCAGGAUGGUGACAGCCAAUUGUGUGGAAGGGGUGGUCCUCAUCAUGGCACAGUCCAUCAUCGGUUCCAUCAUUGACGCCCUCAUGGUCGGGUGCAUGUUCGUGAAGAUCUCCAGGCCCCAGAAGAGGGCCCAGACACUGAUAUUCAGCAAACACUGCGUCAUAUCUGAGCGGGAUGAGAAGCUGUGCUUGCUGUUCCGCAUUGGGGACCUGCGAGAGAGCCACAUGGUGGACGCCAAGAUACGAGCCAAGCUGAUCAAAUCCAGGCAGACGAAGGAAGGGGAGUUCAUCCCACUGGAGCAAUCGGAGAUAAACCUGGGAUACGACACAGGCGCAGACAGGCUGUUCCUGGUAGAGCCUCAGACUAUUACCCACAUAAUCAAUGAAAGCAGCCCCUUCUGGGAUAUAGGGGCGAAGUCUCUGAAGAGAGAACGGUUUGAGAUUAUUGUCAUCCUGGAGGGAAUAGUCGAAGCAUCAGGCAUGACCUGCCAGGCCAGAACGUCAUACACAGAGGAUGAGAUUCUGUGGGGCCACCGUUUUGAGUCAUGUAUGUCCCUGGAAAAGGGGGCAUUUCGCGUGGACUACAGUGCAUUUGACAAGACCUUUGAGAUCCAGACCUCUCCUCUCAGUGCUAAAGAACAGAGUGAGAGAAAGGAUGAAGAAGCCCUCUUUUAGCUCAUAUUGUACCUGUCCAGCAACGUAAUCCCUCACGAGUGCCUAUGAGCUAGAUAACACGGUCUAAGACUGAUGAUAUCAGAGGAGAGCCCACACAAUGACAACAAUGGCAUUAUUAUAUGGGAUUAUAGUGAUUUUAUGAAUGUAUAGGUUUGCUAGGUCACCUUUAAAAAAGUGUCAAGAGUUUAGAGAUUUUCAUUCCUUAGAGAGGCCUCAGGCUUUUGACAAAUAAUAUAGAACUUUAAGCCAUUCUGGUAAAUACUG